AUGACUUCAUCAUUUACUUAUUCCGGUGUCCAUUACGGACAAGAAUACAUCUAUACUAAAUUUUCACAAGGCGUUAUGACUCUAGGUGAAACCUAUGUAGCUCUCGUAUUUGGUCUUAUCGAUCCAACAUGCUUGCCUUCCAUGGCUAUUAUUUCUUACGAUAAUAAAAUAUGGUGUACAGAUACACGUCGAUUAACAUUAGUGAAAGAAUUGGAAAGACAAGGUGAAUGGGAUGUACUCAAAUCGAUGCGUAUUCAUCAAGUCGAAAAGAAUACACCUCAAUAUCAAGAUUUUGUCGCUUCUUGA